AUUUAAUCAGGUUAACUAUUUGGAACUGAUUCAAAUGUCUUCAAACCGGUAAUCUUGAAGCCAGCAAAGAAUACUACGGUAACAUAGAGAGUGUUCAAUACCCUCUCCUUCAACUCUCUUGAUCUUUCUAUGUGAUGUGUUCUCGUUUUAUGGUGGUGAAUCACUUAUAUUAUUAUAUAAGAUGGAUCACUCAUUGAAGCAAGAUGGCUGGGAGGAUAUGGAUGCGUUAAGGCGGGCGUUCACAAAAAGAGUUGUACCCCCUGCACUUGAAGAGAGACUUUUGAGUUCAGAGAAGCUACGACAGGAUCUACUAGAGUUAGCAACGCAAGAUGAAAUCUAUCUCUUUAUCCGCAGAGCCCAGAUGUCGCCCCAACUCCGCUCACAACUUCUUGUCGAAUCACCAGUUAUAUUGACAAACAAGACUACAUGGACACCUACGCCUACAACUAGCCGUGAUGGCAAGGACAAGAGUCCCCAAUCAAGUGGACGCCCUCACCUUACUGGGUUACUCGGGUCUACGGUGGCUUCUAAAGGUAGUAAAACUACCUCAACGCCAAUACAAAUCACGGACAAGCGUGAAGCGUCUAGCCUAUUAGCAAAAGACGAGCUUCCCUCAAAGAGUUCAACCUCCGCAGCCCCAGCUAAACGGGUAUUCACUGCUAAGCGGACACUUCCUCCUCAUUUGAUUUCCAAACCCAAUGUGACCCAAAAGCCGUCAGAGCCAGUCGGUAAUAAGCCAGUAAUUUCGGCCUCUCCCAUCAGUCCCGAACCAGCUAGGAUUAUUAGCGAUAUUCUACAAACCCCUACAGGAAAUCACUUGCCGUUUAGUGCUUCAAAACAAACGGAAGAUGUUAAGGAGCCCCCUGCACCAAGAGCUCAACUAAGACAAUCCCUAGCAGCACCCCAAACAAUUCUUCAACUGGGCAAUAGUUACUCACACGAUCCUGGCAUUUCCGACAAGCAAGAGAAGGAUCUCAAGAGGAAGCGAGAUGAUUCCCCUCCACCAGGAGCCUCCCGGGAUUCAUACCCUCAAAAGAGCCGCAAGGCUAAUCCUACAAAUACUCCCUCCGAAACGCUUGACGCCGCGUCAUCCAAGACCCAUUCCGAGAAUAAAUUAGCGCCUGCGAAUCGUGAACGCAGCAUAUCGAAAGGAUCCCAGAAACUACGCUCAAAGGAUGUUGUUAGACUUGGAGAAUCUACCCAUAGCCAUACUAAAGACUCGACAUACAAUCCUACUAACUCUUCUAAUAGCUUGUCAAAUGAUACUGAGAGUAGCAGGCUCGAUACAAUAAAUUCUCGUAUGCCUGGUACUGAUGUAGUCUCUAGCAUCAACCAUAAUCAUUUAGCAAGUCACCAGCGACCACCAAUUGAUGAGGACAGCAAUGAGGCAGACGAUGACAUUCCACUUAGAAAACUGAUCAGCUCGGCCAAAGCAACUAAGACUGAUUGGAAUUACCAUAUCUGGACCCUUCCAUCCGGAGAAACCCAGGUCACUUCCGGUGCAUUGUUGCCCCAGGGCUAUACCCUUCAUGAUAAUCCUGAUGCUCCGUGGAUAUGCCCGAUACGUUCGUGUCGUGUUCUGUUCUCAAAACUUGAAGGUCUCGGGUCCCACUUCAAUGUGAGUACCCUGGGUUCGGGGGUUAGCUUGAUGAAGCUCACUUCGAUUAUAGCGUGGCCACAGAGCCUCAUUCCUUAACGACAACGGGGACGGUACUCUAUCUAUCAUUAAGAAAGUGAAGGCGAUUGGUGUGGCUAUGCCUGCUGAGGUAGUGUCUCACAAACCAUUGGAUCCCAAGGAACCUCCUUUGAAGGAACCCUCUCUCAAUUCUUACUUGAAACUGUCCAAAGCUGUUACUCCAUCUUCUUCUCAAGCAGGUGAUAAUAAGGACGGGCUUGCAAAAG